CGAGAACCGUGAGUUCUCCUCUUGUCUUGUGGGUGGACCUGUUGAACGCGGCCCGCAAUUUAGCAAGCAAGGCAACUCCCUCAGCUCAAGAAGACUCUGUUCUCUUCUUCGACUCUGCGUUCUUCUUUCUUCAGCCAACACCACGUUCUCCCUCAAUUUACGCCUACAGUACAACCACCGCACAACAACGCUGCUGCUGUUGACCAGUGGCAGAAGCACUGCGCUGCGUGAGUGAGUGUGUAUUUUGUGCUUGGUGGCCGUCAGCCAGCGGUGCAUUGAUAUUGCCUGCAGGCAACACACCAAGCGGGCAAACCGUGACGAAACGGCGUCAGCAUGGCACCCGUUUCAGUACACCCACCACAGCACAGCCAUGCACUUCGAUGGCUCUCCACAUUGCUCCUUGUUCUUGGCGUUUUCUCUUCUCUUUUGACCACAGCGGCCGGUUCGGCCAUUGUGCUCGCCAACAACUUUGGAACAUGUGGCAUUGAGCCUUCCCUCGCCAUCGGCAAGUGCGGCGCCGUGCACGUGUCCUUGGACUCAUGGGAGCUGCAGCUUCAGGCACCGGCCGACCUGGAAUGCAAGUUCUACCACGACAGCGAUUGCUCUCAAGUCGUUUCUUCGGGCCUCUCACCUGACAUCUGGAGCACACCAUCCUCCUCCAUCCUUGCCAGAACAAACGUUGGCAAAGGUCGCAUGCCCGUGUACUUGCGGUGCGUGGGAACACAGACGGGAACAGAGGUGGUGCUCAAGAACACAUGGAACGGGAUCAGCACGAUCAACGAGGAAGAGUCCCUGCUUGUUGUCGAGAACCACAUUGCAUGCGACCCAGAUCCUGACCGCGUCGUGUUCUCGUUGAGCGCGAGCGCAACAAGCGUUGUGGAGGAAGAUACACCCUCCAUCACCUUCAACGUCAGCAGAACAGGGCCCACCGACGAUGACGUGAGCGUUCGCCUGGCCGCCGUUGAUUUCCAGGCCUCGCGCAACGCGGACUACACGCGCGCAUCCGCCUCCCGGCUCAUCACGUUCGCUGCGGGCCAGACUUGGGCGCAGGAAACCAUCCCCAUCCUGGACGAUGCCUUUCCGGAGCUUGCAGAGUCGUUUGCGCUUGCCCUGACGCAACCGACCUUGUUGACAGGCUCUGGCCGCGAGGUUGUGCUUGAGGAUGGUGCUGCCGUCGUCCUCAUCACCAUCCAGCCAUCCGAUGACCCGCACGGUGUCAUUGCUCUCCGCAACCCCAACACCACCAUCGCCCUGACUGAGCCCCUCUCUGGUGCCACCACCAUCACCAUCCCGCUCGUGCGCACGGGCGGGACCUUUGGCUCCGUCACUGUGGACUGGAUCAUUGACGGCGAUGCACAGACCCACGACUUUGACGCGCUGCAAGGGUCUGUCACCUUUGGGUCUGCGGAGGCCGCCGCCAACAUCACCCUGCAACUGCGCGCCGACAACCAGCCUGAGCUGCUGGAACAAAGCGUGUUCCGGCUGCUCACCGCGAGCAACGGCGCGACCGUUGACGCCGCAAGCGCAGCCCUCACCCUCACGGUUGACCCAAACGACGACCCACACGGCGUCGUCUACGUGCAGGCAAGCGAGCAGCAGCUCAUCAUGCACCACACUGGUCAACGCGCGCUGCGCAUCCUUGCCCAGCGGUCUGCGGGCACGCAAGGCGCUGUCAACGUCACGUUCUCCGUCACCUUUGGCACGAGCAACAUCAUCAGCAACAACCUCGCCUGUCUGCAGCAGUUUAUCAUCGCCGACAGUGUCACCAUCGCCAUCUCACAUGGCGCCGCCAGUGCAGAGGCAGUUCUUCCCUUCAGCGACACCGUGUUGCUGGAGCAAGGCGCCGGGUUUUGCCUGCAGGCAACGGCAGUCGCACUGGCAGAUGGCUCCCCUGUCCUCGUGGCGUCGGAUUCUUUGUCGCCUCGCCUCAACACAUCGCGUGUCGACGCCCGCGUGGUUGUCGCGCGUGCGUUUGCCAACGGCGUGGUUGGCUUUGCCGGCACAAGCAUCAACCAGGCAGAGCCCGCCACCCAGCAGCAGGACAUCACCAUCCUGCUUGUGCGCUCUGGCGGUGGUUAUGGUACACUUGACGUGCAGCUUUCUCUCACUGGGAAUUCAGAGUACGCCGUGCCUGGCCAGGACGUGACCCUGUCAUCUAACGUCUCCCACUUUGAUGCUGGCGACUCCCUCCACGAGCUCACCGUCUCCGUGCACCCCGACAACAUCCCUGAGCUUGCCGAACAGUUCUUCGUCACCGUGGCGGACAUUCCGUCCGGCCGCGCCGCCAUCGACUCGGACUCCUCUGUUCUCACCGUCACUGUCCCGAAAAAUGACGACGCAAAUGGCGUGCUUGGGUUUGAGGUGACGGGCUACCGUGUGUCGGAGACGGACCCGAGCGGACAUGUGGUGCUCAACGUGACAAGGACACGCGGGGCGUUCCAGUCUGUGAGCGUGGCGUUUGCCACGAGCGACGGCACGGCGGUGGCCGGGACCAACUACGAGGCGCAGAGCGGGACGCUUGUGUUUGGGGAAGGGGAGCGGAGCAAGGAGAUUGCGGUUGGGGUGCUGGAUGCGGGGGCACCGCGGGCGCCUGUGCGAACGCUGACGGUGACGCUGGGACAAGUGAUUGGCGGGGCGCGGGUGGCGGCCGCAUCUGCCACAGCCACCGUCAACAUUCAGUCCUGCCACCACUGCAGCUUCAACAUCAUCGACUCGCCGUCCCCGCUCGUGACAGCGGAGCCAGCAGGCACCAACACGGCCGACGUGACGGAGGUGGCUAUCCCUGUGCGGCGAACCCCAGACACCUUUGGGCCCGCCACGCUCCACUGGACGGUGUUUGAGAAUGACCCUGCCACUGGCGACAUCACUGCCGUGCAGGCGAGCAUGGACUUUGUUGACGCCACUGGCGCGGUGUCCUUCGUGCAUGGCCAGCAGGAUGCCGUGGUUGUGCUGCACAUUCGCAACGACAACGAGCCUGAAUUGACAGAGCGCUUCAGCCUGGUGCUCGUCUCAGUGGACGGUGAUCCAUCGCUUGGAAUCAACGCAACCCUGCCCAUCGACAUUGUUGCCAACGACCUGUGCUUUGGCAGCUUCUCGUUCUCGGCAUACCCUGCGGCAGUGACUGUGUAUGAGCCCCAGGACCCGUCCAGUGGUGCUCGCGUGCACACCUUCAACAUCACACGUGCGCGUGGCACAUUCAACAGCGUUCGUGUCUCGCUGGAGCUGCAACUCCUAACGGCAGGCGACAGCGCUGCAACAAGCGACGACGCUGUUCUGCUCACACCAUCUGUUGUCUUCGCCGAGGGCCAGACCUCUGCUCUUGCGCGCGUCUCCGUCACCAACGACAACAUCCCCGAGAUUGCAGAGAGCAUCAUUCUGCGCGCAGCAAGCGUGGCUGUGCUCAACACAAACGAGACGGUCACCUCAGACCUCGUCACCAUCGACGACACGGACGACUACAUUGAACUGGUGAUUGCGGAGAACGACGACGCGCGGGGUGUUGUGUCCAUCCGCCCGCUCGCCCUCACUGCCAGUGAAGGCGGUGCGCCCUCCGAUGUACAGUUCACCCUCACCCGCACACGUGGUGUGUUUGGCGUCGUCACGGUGACGGCUGGCCUCGUGUCAGUUGCGAGUGGCACUGCUGGCGUGAACGCAAGCAACGUCGCCACUCUCUCGGGCCCGGAGCAAGACGCCUUCCUUCCCAUGCCCACUGUCACGUUUGUCGAGGGCCAAACCGAGGCUAUGCUCUCUGUUGGCGUUGUGGAUGACGACCUGCCGGAAGUGGACGAACAACUGCGCGUUGUCCUCGUCAACACGACCGGUGGCCUAGUCGUCGGUGCCAACGACACGGCUGUGCUCACCAUUGCUGCCAGCGACGCAGCGUUUGGCGACCUGUCCAUCACCAACGCCUCCACCCUUGCUGUGCUGCACGAGUUGGAGGGUGAGGACGCCAUGUACGAGCUGGAGGUUCUGCGUGGUGGCGGUGAUUUUGGCACCAUCACGGUGGAGUGGCAUCUGGAAGUGGUCACGCCUGGCGACGGUGGUACCACGUCCUCACCCCUCGUCCUUGGCAGUGACAUCUCCCCAUCGUCUGGGACGUUGACGUUUGCGCCCGGUCAGCGACGCGCUGUGGUUGCGCUCACCGUGUACGCCGACAACAUGCCAGAGACGAACGAGGAGGCCUUGCUCGUGCUGAGCAGCCCGACAAACGGCGCGCAGCUGCAGGCCAACGCCACGUCACGCCGGGUUGUGAUUGAGGCAAACCAGGAGCCGCACGGCGUGGUCUCGCUGGCAGACGCCACCAUCAUCGUGGACGAGGGCGCCGGCACGGUGUCCGUGGCCGUGACGCGCGAGAGUGGCGCCAUUGGCCAGAUCAGCGUCGAUGUCACCGUGCGUGGCGUGUCCGCUGCGGGCGGUGGUGUGGAUUUUGCAGCCACCAACACCACGCUGGUGUUCGCGCCGGGUGUUCGCCAGCUGGCGCACCCCAUCACCAUCAUCGACGAUGAUAUCCCAGAGCUGGACGAGACGCUGGUUGUGUCGCUCAGCAACCCCACGGGCGGCGCGCUGCUUGGCGCCAUCACUCAGACAGAGAUCACCAUCUUCAACAACGACGAUGCGUUUGGGCUGGUGCGCGUCGCCAACACCACGCCCGCAGAUGUCGCGGCGUUUGACGAGAGCGCAGCAGACAGCAGCAUUGUGUUUACAAUUGUACGCGAUGCGGGCGCCUUCACCUCCAUCUCCGUGCCCUGGUCCCUGCAGCAGGUGGCCGGGUCAUCUGCCGCCACGCCCGAUUUCGAUGUCACCGCUGGUGUCGUGCAGUUUGCAGAGGGCGAGCGUGUUGCCACCAUCACCGUGCACGUGCUCGAUGACGACGUGCCCGAGGACGACGAGACGUAUCAGCUGGUGCUCAGCAGCGUCACUGGCAGUGCGCGCGCACAUCCGCAGCUUGGUCGCCACAACGUCACCAUCGCUUGGAACGACAACGCCUUUGGCAUCAUCAGCGUGCAGGCGGGCGCGCGCAGCCAGCGCGUUGCUGAGAGCGAUGGCAGCGUCUCCAUUCCUCUGCAGCGCACGCAGGGCACGUUCCGCCGUGUUGGUGUCAACUGGGUCAUUGCCGUGGCCACGGUGAGCUCUGGUGACGUGAGCCCCACAUCCGGCACCGCGUACUUCGAGCCCGGCAGCGACACCGCCGCCAUUGUCAUCUCCAUCACAGAUGACGCAAUACCAGAGGUUGACGAAGGGUUCACAGUGAGCCUGCAGAGCGUCACCGUUGCCGGUGCCCUGCUUGUGUCCGAUUUGAAUGCUCUGCGUGCAGAUGUCACAAUCGUUGCCAACGACGACCCGCACGGCGUGAUCAGCCUGCGCAGCGGCAGCGGCACGCUUGCGCUGACCAGCGGUGGCCUGCGCUCACUCCGCGUGACACUCGACCGCAGCGGUGGCACCAUCCUUCCCAUCGACAUCACCUUCUCCGUGCUCAUGUCACUGCCGCCUGGUGGCGUACAAGCCAGCAGUGGCAGCGGCGGCGGUACAGCAGAGCGCUCUCCCUGCCAGGCCCAGACCAUCGUGUCCAGCCCGCAGACGGUGACCAUGGGCGACAAGCUCGCGUCACGCGUCGUGAGCCUGCUGAUUGAGGAGACGGCCGUGCUGGUGCAGGACGCCGUGUUCUGCAUUCAGCUCGACUCUGUCGUGCUCUCCCGCGAUGGCUCGCACACCAACACAAGCACGGGCCCGUCACCAAGCUUGGCGGCGUCCAUGGAUGCCCGUGCACUCAACGUGUCUGUGAGCAGUGCGUAUGCCAACGGCCUUGUGGCCUUUGGCGACACUGCGGGGACCGUGCACGUGACGGAGGCAGCAGACCUUGACGCACCCGAGACACAGCUUGUGCCUGUGGUGCGGAGCGACGGCAGCUUCGGCGAUGUGGCACUGGCGUGGGAGAUUGUGCCCUCACACACGGGUGACUUUGACGCUGUGAGUGGGACCGUGAUGCUGCCGUCUGGGCAGUCGUUUGCGUCCAUUCCCAUCACCGCCGUGAAGGAGCAAGUGCCAGAGCUUGACGAGCUGUUUCAGCUGCGCCUGACGGGCAUCACCAGCGGUACAGCAACGCUGGGCGCCGGUGUCAACGACACACGCGUGCAGCUGCUCAUCCCCGCCAACGAUGAUCCGUUUGGCGUGCUUGGGUUUGAGGUGACGGGCUACCGUGUCUCGGAGACAGACCCGAGCGGACAUGUGGUGCUCAACGUGACAAGGACACGCGGGGCGUUCCAGUCUGUGAGCGUGGCGUUUGCCACGAGCGACGGCACGGCGGUGGCCGGGACCAACUACGAGGCGCAGAGCGGGACGCUUGUGUUUGGGGAAGGGGAGCGGAGCAAGGAGAUUGCGGUUGGGGUGCUGGAUGCGGGGGCACCACGGGCGCCUGUGCGAACGCUGACGGUGACGCUGGGACAAGUGAUUGGCGGGGCGCGGGUGGCGGCCGCAUCUGCCACAGUCACCGUCAACAUUCAGUCCUGCCACCACUGCAGCGUCUUCCUUGAUCCUACGCAGGACCUGUUUGUUGGCGAGGAGCCUGCAUCCCCUGAUCCCGCCGAUGCCACAGGCAUUGACGUGCGUGUCCUGCGACAGCCAGACAGCUACGGCUCUGCGCUUGUUGGCUGGCGGGUGGUGCAUGCAGGCACCAACACGCUUGCAAGCGACGACUUUGUGGAUGCCAAUGGCACGGUGACGCUGGAGCACGGGGAGACCGAGACGACGCUCCGCCUGCUGCCGCGCGCUGACGCCACCCCAGAAACAGCGGAGGCAUUUGAGGUUGAACUCACCAGCGUGAGUGGGGACCCGUCUCUCGGCAGUGACGAUGUGCUGGAGCCUGUCACGCGCAAUGUGCAGCUUGAGCCCAGCGACCAGCCGUAUGGGUUGUUUCGUAUCGGCACCGCAUAUGUGCGCGACGGCAACAGUGGCGCGGUGAACUCUGUUGCCGGUACUGCCGAUUCCGUGUCCACACAGGAAGGCGACACGGUGCAGGUGACCAUUGAUCGGCAGCACGGCACGCUCGGCGCUGUUGACGUGUACCUGAUGCUGCUGUCCCUUGCGGGCGAGGUUCCUGCCGACAACGCUGCAACCCCUGGCGAUGACAUUGCUAUUCUGCACAGUGCUGGGAUUGGUGCUGUUCGGUUCGCAGAUGGGCAGACGCGUGCCAACGCAACGCUUGCCAUCAUCGACGACGGCCUGCCUGAGCUGGACGAGCGUCUGGUGGUCGCCCUGUUGAAUGCCACCAUUGUCGGAGACACCCUAGCAGCGAGCAUGGAUGCGCGGCGUGUGCGUGUGUCCAACACGACGCGUGAAUCUGGCCUCACCAUUGCUGUCGAAGAGAACGACGACGCACAUGGGGUGUUUGAGCUCUCUGCACCGUCCCUCGCCAACGAAACGUUGAGCGAAGGUGCCGUGGCCACUGUGACUGUUGAGCGCAGGCGCGGCACGUUUGGCGCUGCUGGUGUCUCUCUCGUGCUUUCUUCAGUUGUUGAUGACGACAACACGGCGACAACGGACGCUGUGCUCUCGCAAACAGACAUCACAUUUGUGGAAGGCGAGAGCUCUGUGCAGGUGACCCUGACCGUCCUGGACGAUGCUGUGCCCGAGGAUACAGAGUCGUUUGUGCUGUCCUUGUCUGCGGGCAGCGUGACUGGCGGUGCGCGGCUGUCACCAAACGCGUGGGCCACACAGGCGGCGUUCUCAGUUGCGCCCAACGAUGAUCCCUUUGGCGUGUUCACGCUCGCGCAGCCGCUGUACAGUGUGGACGAGCCAGCCAACGUCACUGUCACGGUGCUGCGGUCUGCUGGACUGUAUCGCACCGUGUCCAUCCCGUGGCAGGUGAAUCAGAAUGCCACAUCUCCAGAUGUCGCACCAAGCAGCGGAGUGGUCGUGUUCGUGCCGGGCCAGACAGAGGCGUAUGUGCAGCUCACUGUCAUCGAUGACAGUAUUCCUGAGGACCGUGAGGACGUGGUAUUCACGCUGCAAGCGCCCACGUCGCCCGUUGCACGCAUCGAGCGCAACACCACCACCAUCCGCAUUGCCGCCAACGACUUUGUCAACGGCGUGCUUGAGUUUGAACCUGGUCUGAGUGUGCUACGUGUGGGCGAGGACGUGGGCUUGUUUUCCAUCACCGUGCGCCGGCGUGGCGGUACGCAGGGCACCGUGUCUGCGGCGUACGAGACGCUUGACCUGACUGCAACGCGCAGCAGCAACGACUACGCGUAUGCCCAGGGCAGGGUGGAGUUUGCGCCUGGCGAGACGGAGCAGACCAUUUCCCUCAUUGUGGUUGACGAUGACGUUCCAGAGGAUGAUGAGCGGUUUCUUCUCGUCCUCUCUGACGCCCAGGGCGGCGCCGUUCUUGGUCUCUCCUCCCAACUUGAAGCUGAGGUUGCUGCGUCGGAGCGGGCCAAUGCCGCUGCUGUUGCCGCAGCCGAUCUGGUCACGCUGCGCGAGAUGCAGGUGACAAACCUCUCGGCAAAUAUCACUGCGCUCGAAGCAAAGCUGGACCGCCUUGCUGAUGCCAUUGCCAGCAACGAGACAAGCGCUGAUGCUGUUGCUGCAGACCUUGCUUCCGCACGUGCGCUCCUGGCAGAGGAGAACGCCAACCUGACUGCGGCACAGACACUGGCGCAGCAGCGGCAGGCCAGCCUCCAGGCAGCCUCGUCCGUGCUGGACUCCGCGCUGGCCACACGCACGUCCAUUGCAGAGCAGUUGGAUGACGCCACGACGGCGCUGAACUCCGUGGUCCGACGCGUGGUGGACUUCACACAGGAGCCAGACACCAUUGAUCUGGCUGCACAGCUGCCGGCGCCGGAGAGCGAAAUCGAGUACUAUGCUGGCCUUGUUGUCACCGCCGUGUACUACACGCAGCCAGACAGCCCCACACCCCGCUCCAUUGCUGUGCGCGAGGGGCUUGGCUUUGGUGUCGUUGGCUCCGCCUGUGGCGGCACGUGCUUCACGGGACUGCACGAGGUGCGACUGGCAUUCAACACCACCGUCUCCAACGUCGUGUUUGAGAACAGCUUCACAGACUCGGAGGAGCCCCUCGGGCCUCUCGCUGUCACCAUCUAUAACCUGGAUGGCACCGCCAUCGACACCGCCAUGAUGCAGCGGGACGCCGUGUUCAACAACGCCUACAACAUCUCUGCUGCGUUCCCCGGCGUUCGCAUUGGCGGCUUUGCCGUGCAGGCAACCGACUCGAUUGUGCGCUUUGCCUCUGUUUCCUUUGAUCAGGUGGAGGGUGGCAGCUAUGAGGAUGCGCUUGCACGCGUCAACACGUAUUCGUCACAGCUCUCCGCUGCCGAUGUUGCCGUGUUUGACGCCCAGCAGCAGGCAGGGCUCGCCGCCCAGGCCUACGUGCAAGCGGCUGCAGCGUUGUCGCAGCAGUCUGCAGAGACAGCGGCAGCACAGCAGCAGGAGCAGACGCUCAGCCAACAGGCCAGCGCACUCAACGCCACGUUGCUCAUGUUGCGCACGGACAGCCGGCAAACCCAGUCCCUGCUCAACUCGCAGCGCCAGCGCUACGCGGACCACACCUUGCUCCUGCAACAAGCCGAGAACGAGCUCAUCCAAGCGCAGGAGCAGGCAGACCAGCUGGCCGCUGCCGUGACAGAGGCGCAGCAGGCGGCCGUGUGCCCUGACCUGCAGUGCGUGUCCAGCAUCACCGUGGAGAUUGCACACAACGAUGAUGCCUUUGGCGUCUUCUCCAUCAACGCGACUGCGGCUGUGGCCUCGGCCACCGCAGGCGAGGGCCAGGCCUUUGUUGUGCCCGUCGUGCGUGCUGCCGGCACCUUCCGCGCAGUCUCACUGCAGUGGCGCCUCAACUUUUCCUCCACAGCGUCACCAGCAGACAUUGCUGCGCCCACCACGGGAGCACUCACGUUCUCGUCGCGUCAGACGAGUGCUGAGCUUGUGCUUCCCAUUGUUGACGACGCAGUGACAGAGGAAGCAGAACACCUGAGCGUGAUCUUGACAAAUGUGUCCCUGGGCCGGGUUGAGGACCCCAGCUCGCUCACACUCACCAUCGACGCCAGCGAUGCCGUUGGCAUCUGCACCCCAACAUCGUGCGCCAACAACGCCACAUGCGUGGAUGGCGUGUUUGACGUCACGUGCCUGUGCCAGCCUGGUUUCGCCGGCGACCGCUGCGACAUCAACAUUAACGAGUGCGCAAACGUGACCUGUUUCAACGGCGGUACCUGCGCGGACCGGAUUAACGACUUUGACUGCGCGUGCAUCAAUGGCUUCCAGGGCAAGCUGUGCGAAAUCUCACCGCUGUGCGACCAGGGCGAAACCUGGUGCUUCCGCAGCAACGCGUGCGUGCACACCGCCAUCUCGCAGCAAACAUGCCAGGUGCCGUGCGACAGCGAGACGCACGUGUUCUGCUUUGCGUCCCAGACGUGCCGCCCCCGCGUCGUUGCUGACAUGCCAUGCCCCGUUCCUGGACCCGCGCCGCUCAUCACAGCACCGUUCGCCAUCAGCGUCGCCGAGGACACGGCUGUGCUCACGUCGCUGGCGAGCGUGUACGCCACCCCGCGGCACCGCUGGGGUGAGAACAUCACCUACUUCAUCGAAGAUGUAGGCAUGGGCGGCGGUGCUGCUGGCGACGUUGCCAACACAACGGUUGCUGGCCCCUUUGCCAUUGACACGCUGACCGGUGUGAUCUCCCUCGUGGGGCUCUUGGAUCGGGAGCAGGUGGACGCGUACACGCUCCUCGUGACUGCUGUCGACUCUGCACCAGACCACAAGACAAACAGCACCACCGUCACAGUGGUGGUGACCGACGUCAACGACAACAGCCCCACGUUCGCGCCCGCCACCCCAACCGCGGUAUCCGUGCUGGAGAGCGCGUCUGUGGGCACACAAGUCGCGCAACUGGUGGCGAGUGACCCGGAUGCAGGGGCCAACGGCAACGUGCGCUUCACACUUGACGCCGGCAACGCACUGGGGUCAUUCCAGCUCGACUCGUCAUCUGGUGUGCUCAGCGUUGCUGGCACGUUGGACGGCGAUCAGCAGACGUCGUACACGCUCACCAUCUCCGCACACGACCAAGGAACACCUCCGCUCACAACCACAACAACGCUGGAAGUGAACGUGGUCGUGUACCCACCACCCGCCUUUACAGACGGAGGCAGCUACACAGCAGGGUUCCCUGAGGAGGCAACAGGGCUGGUGGUGCGUGUUAGCGCUACAGUCCAGCACCCGUACAGCAACGACGCCGUGAUGUACGCCGUUGUGUCUGCGGAGACAAGCGAGGGUGAUGACGUGACUUCACAUGUUGGCGUCAACAGCACCGGGCACAUCCACGCCACGCAGGCACUGGACCGCGAAAGUUACGCGUUUGUCGUUGUCACUGUUGCUGCCACAGAUUUUGCACCGCUGCGCAAGACCUCGCUGGCUGUUGUGAACGUGACGGUGGUGGAUGUGAACGACAAUGCGCCCGUGUUCGACAGCAGCGUUGCAGAUGGGGUGCUGGUGUUCGUGCGGGAGGAGGACGCGCCAGGCACCCUGGUCACAGACGAGCUCACGGCACAGGACGCGGACCAGGGCGACAACGCCCGCAUCACGUACAGCAUCGUGAGUGGAAACACGGGCAAUGCGUUCAGCAUCGACGCAGACACGGGCGUGGUGACGCUUGCCGCACAGCUCAACGGCAGCGUUGUGGACGAGUACGUGCUUGGUGUUGAGGCGCGUGACAACGCGGCGCACGUGAGUGACCAGCUGUCUUCGGUUGUGAGCGUGAACGUGAGCGUGGUGUACUUUGGGGCGCCCGUGUUUGGGGCACCGUCGUACCGCGGGAACGUGAGCGAGGACGCAGGCGUGGGGACGGGUGUUGUGCGUGUGUGUGCGACGGCACAGCACGACGGAGCAGACCAAGGGAUUGACUUUGCGAUUGUGAGCGGGAACGUUGGGGGUGUGUUUGGGCUUCGCAUGGGCAGCGACAACGUGAGCGCGGAGGUGUAUGUGGCGGGGCCGCUGGACCGCGAGACGCGCGGGGUGUAUGUGCUUGGGGUGGUUGGGCGGGACCGAGGCCCGCUGAGGAAGCGGAGCGGGGUGGGCGUGCGUGUUGAUGUGCUUGAUGUGAACGACCACGUACCGGUGGUUGUGGGUGCCGAUGGCGGGGAGAGCGGUGGGUGGCCCGAGCCUGUUGUGCGGAUGGAGGUGCGCGAGGAGGCGAGCGUUGGGAGCGUUGUUGGGGUGAUUGUGAGCGAGGAUGGUGAUGCUGGAGCGUAUGGGACGGUGACUGUGUCUGUUGGUGCGACGCGUGUUGGCGGCGGGGACUUUGGAGGGGUGUUUUCGCUUGACGGCGGGAGCGGGCGGGUGCUCGUUGCUGGCGUGCUUGAUGGGGCUGAGACGCCCGAGUAUGUGGUUGAAGUGAUUGCGCGGGAUGGCGGGGGCCUGACCUCCAACGCCACCCUCAUCAUCACCGUCAUCUACUUCAACGGGCCCCGGUUCAACGCCACUUCCUACGCUGCAACAGCAGCGGAAGACGUGGUUGUAGGUGCCACCAUCGUCAACGUCUUUGCGGUUGCGCGUCACGACCAGCUAGAUCGCACCAUCGACUACAGUCUCGCAGACUCGCUUGGACUGUUCGACGUGACUGCUGAUGGCCGCAUUGUUGCUGCUGCGCCACUUGACUACGAGACAGCCACAUUGCACGAACUGACGGUCGUGGCGACUGAUCACGGCCCAUUGCGCAAGUCCAGCAACGUCACUGUCGUGGUCACUGUGACUGAUGUGAACGACAAUGCACCCGAGUUUUCGCCGCCCUCCUACACAUUUACCAUUCGGGAAGACGCGAGCGAAGGCGUUGUUGUUGGCAGCGUGAAUGCGUUUGACCUUGAUUCUGGCGCCAACGCCGCUCUGCACUUUAGCACCGACUCGCCCGCAUUUGCUGUUGCUUCGCCCUCAAGCAGCGGUGUCACGACCGUUGACGUUGUGGUGACGGCAUAUGGGGCUGUAACCCUGGACGGCCUGCAAGAGCCAACAAUUACCUUGACAGUGACUGCCAGGGACGGUGGCAGCCCUGCCCUCUCCUCCACGGCGACAGUGACCAUCGAUGUGACGCUUGUGCCGACGGUGCAAGCGCCAUACUUGAAGCUGUACAACACGCUCAGCGCAGCGUCUGGGUUUAUCCCAGCCGAGUUUAGCAGAGACGUGUCGUCGCUCGCGCUGGUGUCGGACUUUGACACGCGUCACGGCGUGUGGGACAUCAGCGUGGAUGACGGGUCCACGUGGACACGUGUCAACACUGGCGCGCGAUGGCGUGACAACACGGCGCUCGUGCUGCGGACGGGGGAGAGCAGCAGCACUCUGUUGCGGUUUGUGCCCACGGAAGGAUUUGCUGGCGUUGCCACGGUGCAUGUGCGUGCGUACAACGGGGACAACGCCACCAUCACUGGCGCUGCUGCAGGUGCUGCUGCCGAUGCACUCGUUGACGUGGGCGCAAGCCCCGAUACCUUGCAUGAUGUCAGCGGCAAUACCGCCCUGGGCGUUGUGUUCGUCGCCGCCCCGCUCAGCAGCGUGCAAGUUGCAGAGAGCACGAACGUGACCGUGGACCUGCCAAACCUGCUUGAAGACACAUCGCUGCUGCAGAAUGUCGGCGUGCAGCUGACAUCACUCCUGCAAGGUCACCUGCAAUUUGCCACGGUGAGCGGCCCCGCGACGGGCAUGGCUGCGCUCACCACUGGCGGCUGCGAUGGUACCGGUACAUGGUGUAACAGCACGGCCGUUGCUGUGAUGUUCCCAGACGAUGUCGACACGCUCGUGCAGCCGCGCGAUCACGGCAUCGUCGUUGAGAGCGUAUCGGAGAGCGCCGGUGUGUGGCAGAGCCGAGCAGCGUCCGUGACUGGGUUUGAGGAGACACUUGUAGGCGAUGUGGUGCCGCUGCAGUCGCUGCUGCGGUUUGUGCCGGCGGCAGAAGAGAAUGGUCUGUUUGAGAUGGUGGUGCGCGGGUGGCAUGGAAAGCUGCAUGCGCUCGCACGGCAAGCGAGCACGACAGCCCACACCAUCACCAUUCGCCAGAGUGUGGUCGCAGUUGCAGAUGCCCCACGUGCGCUGACUGCGAACGUGACGCUGGCGCCCGUGCCAUACGAAGUGACAGCGCAGACGGCGAACGGAUCGCGCGUUGACGAGAGCAUUGCUGGGCAUGCGGUGGAUGCAGAUGGGCAGGCCAUUGGCCUUGCUGUUGUUGGCGUCGCAAACUGUAUCACAACAACAGCCACAGCAACAAGCAGCAGUAACGGUGACAGAUGCCGCGGAUCGUGGCAGUAUCUGCUUGAUUCGACGCAGGAGUGGCGUGCGUUCCCACUGGAUGCCAGCGACCAGAAGGCGGUGCUGCUGGCGCCCCACUCGCGUGUGCGCUUCGUCCCACUGCCCAACUACUUCUGGCCACGCGGCAAUGCCUCGGUGUGGCUGCGUGUGCGCUACUGGGAUAUGAGCGUGGGCCGAGCCGGUGACACGGCUAUGCUUGCAGACGCCUCGGCACCGCAGCAGCUGCUGUUCCCAACAGCCUUCAGCAGCCGCGUUGUGAGCGUGUUUGUGGACCGCCUUGGCUGUGACGGUGAGGUUGGCAGCCAGCUGUCCGUCGAUGCGUGCGGGGUGUGCGGCGGAAACGGCAGCGCGUGCGCUGGGUGCGAUGGCGUGCUUGCGUCCAAUGUGCAGGAGGAUGCGUGUGGGGAGUGCGGUGGUGAUGGCUCGUCCUGCAUGGGGUGCGACCUUGUUCCGCUGUCCAAUGCGCAGGUGGACGAGUGCGGCAUCUGUGGCGGUCAGAACCUGAACAAGGACUGCGCUGGCGUGUGUUUUGGGGUGGCGUCGCGAGACGACUGUGGCGCCUGCUUUGGCGGAGACGCAGAGCGCCAAACACCCGACCUCGACAAGGAUUGCGAUGGCGUGUGCUUUGGCGCUGCGUUUGUGGACGACUGUGGCGCGUGUGUUGAAGGCGCAACGGGCCUGAGUGCCAACUACAACAAGGACUGUGCUGGCGUGUGUUUUGGUGGCGCGCAGAUCAGCGACGUGUGUGCGCUGCAAGGCGUGUCGUAUUGCGGUGAGCCCGUGCUCGACUGCAGUGGUGAGUGCUUUGGUUCCCGUAUCGUGUCGAGCUGCGGUGAUUGCGUGCAGCCGGACAACGCGACGCUCCUUGACUGCGCCGGCGUGAGUGGCGUGACACCUCGUGUCGUGCCCGUAUCCUCUGCCUCUGUGCGCUUCACAAUCGCUGGGAGCGGUUUCCCGCCAGAUGUCGGCGCACGCGACGUGACCUGCCGUGCCGUCAGCAGCAGUGGCCGUGGCAGCGUCACUGGAUAUGGGUGGGUGGCGUCUUCGACCACGAUCACGUGCGUGUUCUCGACGCUGACCGUCGGUGAUUAUGACCUUGAGGUGGAGCUGCACGGGUCUGCCCUGUCAUCGUCACCAUCAUCAUCAUCAUCAUCGUCACUUGCCGUUGCUGUGGUGAGUGAUGCUGCAUCUGUUGGCGCCCCGCCCACGACCAACGUCAAUGCGUUCCCUUACGACACGCAGACGUUCAACCUCUUUGCCGUGACGCCGUCCUCUGCCCCACUUGCCAAUUUGAGCGAGGCCGUGGACGCUAUUCGCGUGUCCGGCGCGCUGUCGUCGUUUGGCCCUGCAGACGAGACCACAGGGUGCCUGUUUGUGACGAGUGACACGGGCCUGCUCGGUGUGGUCUCUGGGCAGUGGUUUGCGCGGCGUAUCAACUGCGUCGCUGGGCCGCUGCAGUUUGCGCGACAGAUUGAGAUUGACAUUGAGGAUGACGAGCAGCAAGCGUUCACCACGCUGGAUGCUGUGGAGAGCCACCUGCGCCAGGCCCGCCCCGACAUUGCCAGCGUCACCUUCACUGUGAGUGGUGAUGGCGACGCGGCCUCGGGCAAGCCGCUGCCCACCGGCAGCAGCGUGCUGGUGGAGUUCUCAGCGGACCUGAACCAGAUUGCGUGCUUGGAGGCAUCGAUGGCCACCAUCAACGCCCUGUUUGGCCUCUUCCCACGCGUCUCCAGUGGAAGUGCUGGAAGUGCUGCUGAUGCUGAUGCAAAUGCGGUCCCCACGCUUGUUGGCAGUGACGUCCUGUCACUGUCAUCUUCCGAGGUCGUGUGUGCCGUGCCUUCAGUGCAGCGCUCAGCGACCAUGGAGGUGAUGCUGGUGCACCAGGGUGUGGUGGCGGCUGCUUCAGGCACCACGCCCACUGUCACGUUUGUGCACCGCGCUGCACAGGCCAGUGCCCGCUUCUCUGCCUCUGGCCGCCACCUUGUGGUUACGUUUGACGUUGGCGUGCUGCCUGUGGAGCCGUGUGCCGCAGUGUUCACGGCGGCAUCACGGAGCGCGCUGGAUGCAACCGCGUGCACGUGGACGACGCACACACUGACCGUUUCCCUGGGCCGCAACGCAACCCUGCUGCCUGGCGACCGCGUGUGGUUUGCACCUGUGGACACCAGCGGUGAUGUGGCAGCGGACACCCUCAGCACAGGCGCAGGCAUUCACGUGGCCGGUGAGCUGCACAGCUACGCCGUGUCUGGGUCUGUCGUCGUUGGCCUGCCUGAUGACUACCAGCCCUCCAUCCCCCGCUUCACGCUGCCGCAACAAGUACGGGCGUGCGCAGGGCUGCUGCUGGAUGCCAGCGCAUCACACGUGGCAGCCGGGCGUCCAGCCACGUUCCACUGGAGUGCACUGGCCCACGGAGGCGAAGAUACGACCGCGCUUGAAGCGCACCUUGCCAGCGUGUCUGGUAGCAGCGAUGGCCCUGAAGGCGUCGUGGUGGAGGUUGCAAGUUCCCUCCUGCGUGCGGGCACAACAUACACGUUUGGCUUGGCCAUUGAAGACGCGCUGGGCGUGCGCAGCAGCGUCGUUACGGUGGACACGACGGUGAUGGUACAGGGCAGCGUUGGCGGUGGUGCACAACAGGUCGCGUCGCUUGAGAUCCUUGGUAUUCCGCCUGUCCUGCAUGCGUCGUCAGAUCUCACCGUCCGUGUGCGCCCCGUUGCGCCGCUGCACGGGAACACGUGUGCGGGCGAAAGCCUUGGCACAGCGAUUGCUGCUGCUCUUGGUGCUGCGAGCGGCACCAGCGCAGAUGUGCAGUACUGCUGGCAACUCUCGCCGGCCCGCGCGUCCAAUGGCGGAGCGCCGCUGGCUGUUGCUUCUGCAUGUGCGCCAACACCGUGGUUUACAGUUUCGGGCACACUGCUGCUGCCCCAUCAGCAGCACACGCUGACGGUGACGGUGCGAGUGACAUCGGAGGAUGCCGAGGCACCCGUGCUUGCGUCCACCAGCACCGUGUUUGACGUCGUGCCAACGCCGCUUGAGGCGAGCGUGCUUGGCGGUGACUUGCUGGGCGGGCGGCGCACGGUGCCAUUGGACGCCACCAUCAGCUUGGAUGCGUCUGUGUCCUCUGAUCCCGACGCCACGGACGAGCUGGAGCUGUUUGGCUGGCGGUGCGAAGACAUUGCCCUGAGCCAGCCAUGCAGCACGACAGCAAACGGCAAUGUGCCCAGCGUGCUGCUCUUCCCUGCCACGCCGCAGCUGUCGCAGGCUGCGGCAGACUUUGGUGCCGGCAGCUACCGCUUCACGGCCACGUAUCGCAAGGGCGGCCGCUUUGUGGACGCACGCGCCGUGGUGGAGGUGGUGGAAGCGCCAGUCGCACCCCAGCUGCGCGUGUUUGGGGUGGCGCAAGGGUAUGUGCCCACGCCCACAGAGCACGUGUUCCUGCCCCACGCCGUGGUCAACCCGUCCCUGCCCGUGACGGUUGUCGUGGAAGUGACACACGCGUCCGCGCUCGCAUCUGCGACAUGGUCCGUGGUCGCCGACAGCAGCAGCGGCAGCGGUGGGAAUGAAGAUGAGGAGCCGUUGGCGUGGCUUGACUUGGAGGCAACCGCUCUGACGCCACUCACGUACACGCAGGCAGAAUUGGCUGCACUGGUGACGUUGGACGACGGCACCCAGCGCACGUUCCUGCAGCUCACCCUGCCCCCAGAUGCUGUCGUGUCUGGCGCAACGUACCGCUUUAGGUGCACGGCAGCGACGGCCGCUGAGCACGGGUUUGCCGAGGCGACGGUGGUGGGCAACCACGUGCCGUCUGGUGGCGCCCUGGAUGUGGUGUCGUGGACAAUGACGAACAAUGGCAUGGGCGUGACACGCGCUCGCCUGACUGCUCAGGGCUGGGGUGACGCUGACCUGCACUAUCCGCUGAUGUAUCGCUUUGGCGUUGGCGCUGACCCAGCCACGCGCGUGUGGCUGACGACGUUUGAUUACAGCAGUCGCCUCUCUGGUGUGGUGCUGCCUGCUCCCGCAAGCAACACCACCACGCACGUGUCUGUUGUGCUGCAGGUGCGCGACAGGCUUGGGGCCACCGCGGAGUCGACGGUGGAGGUGGCGACCAGCACAGCAACAACAGCCGGCACAGGAACAACCCCAUCGGUGGAUGCGGCUGCGUUGGCAGCCAACGUGAGUGCUGCGUUGGACGCCGGCAACUGGCCGCUGGCGGUGCGUGUUGGCGUUGAAGCUCUGUGGAUGACAGGCGACUCCACAAACGCUGCAGUGGUGGUGGACACGGUCGCCGGCGUUGUCUUGGACAGCGUGCGCGCUGCCCUGUCGCUUCAGUCUGGCUCCUCAUCGUCUUCCUCCUCUGCCUCUUUGACAGACGGGGAAGCAGACUUGUUGCUGUCAGCAGUGGCUGUCGUUGCAAACAGGCGUGCGUUCCUGUCCGAAACAACACGCGGUCGUGUGGGUGAGUUGACGGAACACAUUGGCGCCAUCCUCAUUCCGGCUGCGGAGGAGGAAGGCCUGCUCAACAGCAACAACAACAACAGCAACAGCAACAGCAACAGCAACAGGCGGAGGAGGGCGAGCGGCGCUGUGGAUGGCGGGUACGGCAGCAGCAGCAGCGUCACGCCCCAGCAGGGCCUUGCGAUGACUGACAUUUAUUCGAGCGCCAUUGCGCUUGACUCGUUCACGGCCACCAACGCCGCCCUCAAGGCGCGGCUGAACACACUGCUGCAAGUGAUUGCGCGCGUGGAAUGUCGUCGCCUGUCCUUCAAGGCACGGCCGUACCAGCUGGAGAAUGACCUGUUCCACUUGGAGGUUGCCGUGCUCUCUGGCGCCAGCGUGCAGACUGUCGACACGACGCAACUCGACUACGGCAGCGACUUUGAAGCGCGCUUCGAGCGGUGGGCGUGCGAUGACCCCGCCCCUGCAAGCCGGUGCGCUGGCGUGUGCAGUGCCGCUGUUCUCUUCAACGCGGACAUGACAACGGCGUUUCAGGACGAGCCUGCGUUCCGUCGCGCGAGCCCGCUGCUUGACAUGCGCUUCUACGACCAGACCUCCUUGCACACGGUGCAGGUUGCGUCGCUUGACCCGGCGCUGUCGCUGUUCCUGCCCAUCACCGAGGCAGCGCCAGCUGGCACGACAGACAGUUCACCUCAGCGUCGCAGAAGGAGCAGCAGUAGCAGCAGCAGCAGCGAUGACGUGGCUGCGCACGACCGCGUGAACACACCACAUGUCGUCACCAGCAGCAACGUUGACAGCAACAGCAGUAGCAAUGGCGCGAGCAGGGAUGGGAGCGAUGCUGUGCGCGUGCGUCGGGAAGGCCCCUCUGUGUCAGCACCGGAGUUUGAGUGUCUUGUGUAUGACGCGUCGCAGCAUCUGUGGUUGGCGGAUUCCCGCUGCAGCUACUUUGCGCCCAACACGGGGGAGCAAGGCGUGGACCAGCUUGAGUGCCGCUGCACAGCUGGUAACCUACAGGUGGCCGGGUACUACUACGCUUCCUCAACGACGGGCGAGGUGAAUGUCACGGUGCCAGCAGCACCUUCAGGUGACGUGCUUGCCUACCACCUUCGCGCGUACACAUACGAAACGGAGACGAAUGCCGAGUCUGCGGCGUGGCUGACGGGCUUUGUGGGCACAUUCUACCAGUCCAUGGUGCAGUUGCUCUCCCUGCAGGACAGUCAGGUGGCAGGCGUCGAGGUUGUGUCUGUCAUCAACGGCACGGGCAACCGGCAGACGCUGGUGGUGGACUUUUAUCUCGUUGAGCCUGACGGCAACGGCGGCAAUGCGACGGUGCUGGACGGGUAUGUUGAGGACCUCAACACCUUGAUUGACACGCGCCAGGCACGGUUCGUGUACGACUCCACGACGUUUGAGCUGUACAACGUGACCAUGGUGUCUGGUGGCGGAAACACAGGCGGAAGUGGCAGCAGCGGCUCGCUCGGUUCUGGCUUCUGGGUGGGCAUUGCGUUUGCCAUUGCCGCCGCCCUGGCCAUGCUCGUGGCGCUCGUGCUGCUGCUGCAGGGGCGAAUUGGCGGACGCGAAGGAAAGGCGAAACUCGGCGGCAAGAGCGUGGACGACGAGAGCACGCUGGAGAUGGUUGAUCUUGGACGGCGGUCGCUUGCCGCGUCGUCCAACACCAGCAGAAGGUCCUCUGUUGCGCAGCUGCUGCCGCGGUUCAUGCGACGCACCAGCAGCGUGGUCAUGCCGGAGCAGCUGGUGGAGGUGGACGAGGAAGGCGAGGAGGACGAGGGCGCGCAACUCACUGGCGACGACGCACGUGAUCAGGUGGCCCAAACCGCCUCCACGCGCCUUGCAUGGACACGGCGCUCAUCCUUGUCGACAAUGGCCACGGCUACAACAGCAGCAACAGGCGCUGGUGACGGUGACGGCGAGCAUCAAGUGAGCGGGGGUGCUGCUUCCACUCCUGCAACUACACCUGCGCGCCGGCUCUCCGUUGCAUCUGCGACGUCACCGCAAGUGGACGAGACUGAAUUCAGCAAGGGCGGCAGCAGCGAUCGCACUGGUGGUGGUGAUGAUGAUGAUGAUGGCGCCAGCGGCACGCACGGGGCCGCACUGCCUUUCUCUCCGCGAAGCAGCGCGUCUUUGGGUGGCGAUGGCCAACAACAACAACAACAACAACAACAACAACGACAGCGGCAAGACCCGCUGGCACCACUGACAUCCACGACAACACCACCUCGGGGCAUGCCUCCACGUGUGCCGCGACUGCCGUCGUCGUCAUCAUCAUCCUCGUCGUUGUCGGCUGCGCCUGGUGGAACUGUGCCCGCACCGUCUGCUCUGACACUGCGACCAGCCCUUCGCGUGCCGUCGCUGCGAUCGCGACAAGGCCCCGGUGGUUCUGAGCCGAGCACGCCUGGUACGCUGCCGCAGUUGCGCCCAGGCAUCCGCGCACCACAGAGCUUGCCACGGCUGCAGCCACGUGCGCUCCCUCGCGUCAACCGUCCACCGCCGCCGCGUCGGCCAUCCCAACAGCAGCAGCAGCGAACAGUGGUGGCACCGAUUCCGGAGGAGAGCGAUGCUGAUGCCAACGAAUCCCAGGCAUGAUACCGAGGAAGAUGGCAGUGCUGGCUGGUGUGUUUGUCAUGGUGCUGUUGUUGCAACUGUUGCUGUGAGAGAGGGAGAGGAUGUGUGUGUGUGUGUGUGUGAGCGUGUGUGUUGUGCAUGAACGAGAGGAUGUGUUGAGUGAGAGAGUGAGAGAGUGAGAGAGAGAGAGGACCAGUGUGUUGUGUGUGUGUUUGGAAUUGAACUGACUUUCAGACCUUGCCGCGGUUGGGGCAAUACGCGUGUGCUUCAUUUCAAACCUUCAAACAGUGUUUUCUUUCUUCUUUACACCUCAUUUCCUUUUGUAUGUUGCAUGGAGGGUUGUGCUUUGUGUGUUCUUGUUGGUCGUCAGAUGUUGGGCAUCUGAGCAGAUACAAACACAGAAGAUACAAUCUUCUUCCUGUG